AACGUGACGCUAGAGGCUGACACUGCGCAUGCCCGGGAUCUCAAUGUCAGCUCUGCUUACUCAGAGGGACAUUCUUGGCCUACAGCAUGAUGCACAUAGCCUCAAGGGUUCUCCGAACUGGGAUGAGGAAUUCGUUAACCCGUACAAUGGGCUCAAUUUCUGCUAAAAUGGCAGAAUACAGAAAAAUGUGGAAACCAAUUGAGCCCAAGGACUGGACUGUACAGUAUCAGGAGAGAUAUAUACCGUUCUCUACAAAUCAGAUUGUGGAGUAUUUAUCGCAGGAGUUCCACUCAUCUAAUGAAAUAGAAAAGAAGUCCUUCCUUUCUUUUGCGAAACAGCUGGAAGUCUCCCUCCUUCAGCCUUACAACUCCAUCCUGCAGGAGCUUCAGGUCCUAUAUGAUCCUAUUAACCCUGACCGUGAUGCCCUGCUGGAAACUCCAGGACUUUCAGACUCAGAGAAACUAACCAGGGAGAACGAAGUACUGGAGCAUUUACAGCCUAUUUUGGAUCAGGCAAAUUUCAACAUUUUGUCAGAGGAUGCAUUGGCAUAUGCCCUAAUAGUGCAUCACCCCCAGGAUGGAGUGCAGGUGCAUGUAAAUCUUGACAAGUAUGAAUACAUCCAUUACUGGGCUCUUGGACAGAGAGUAGGACCUCUUUCCUUACAGAUGAGUACCAAUCCUCAAGAUUCCUGGUUCACCAGAUCUCCUCGCACCCCACCAGAAAGGCGAUAUUUUAAGAGAGUCCUAGUGGCAGCUCGGCCCAAACAUACUCAUAUGGUGUUGAAGUGUUUCAAGGACAUACCUCUGGAGGGGCUGGAGCAACUUCUUCCUGUGGUAAAGGUCCGGACCUCAAGUAUUGACCGCACGCUAAUUAACACUAUGCUGCUAGUGAGUGGAGGAAUAGUGUUCGUCAAUGUCGGAAUGGUGGUCCUCACAGACUUGAAGAUUGGAACAUCUUUUCUGCUCUUCCUAUUUGCUGGAUUCAUGACAUUUCGAACUUGGACGACAUUUGCUCAGAGAAGGAAAGCGCAUUCUCUUGAACUGGCUCACAUGCUGUAUUACAGAAGCACCUCCAACAACUCUGAGCUUCUCGGUGCCCUCAUUCUGAGAGCUCAAGAAGAACAUGCUAAAGAAGUCAUCUUGGCCCACAGCUUUCUGAAACAGUAUAACUUACAAUGUGAUGGAGAUAAAACAGACCCUGCAAUAACGCUAAAGAUCAAAAAGCAUGUAGAAUCCUGGCUGCAAUCAAAAGCGGGAUUAGACAUCACGUUCUCUGCCGAACGAGCACUUGAGAAUCUAAAGAAUAUGAAUAGAAGAGAAGAAAGUACAAGCACUUCCAAAGAACAUGUUGUACUGAUGCAUCACUGAAGACAAGUACUGUGUAUUAGAAGGAUGUGUAUUUGGUUGAGUGAUAAAACACAGGUUACACUCCACUUGUGUGAUUGUAUGGCACAUAUUAUUACUGUAUUUUGAUAAUUAAAUGUCUAUAUAAAUAUACAGCAUGUUUAUAUUUAUCAUCAUACUGAUAGGGACUUUAAAUUGUGAGCCCAAUUGGGGACAGUUGGAUGCUAAUGUCUGUAAAGCGCUGCGGAAUAUAGUAGCGCUCGCUAUAUAAGUGCAUAAAAAAAUAAAUUAUAUUUAUAUAUAUAUAUUGGGAAGCUUACCUCCCAUCAUGGCGGCUUUAUGUAUUUAUGCUUUUGUAU